AUGAAGCGGACGAAGAUUAACUUACGCAGAGCCGGCUUCGAUCCCGGCAACCCGUCCAAUCAAGAGGUCAUGCAGAGGCUGAAUCAUAUCGCCGGACUCUUGGAAGAGAUCAAGUCCGAAGGCGGCUCCACCAGCUCCUCGACUCGUUCGCUCAAGGAGUCCUUCUUUGAGCUAGCCAUGCAGACCACUAGUCCUGUGGCAGAUCCGGGGAUCAACUCACAUGGCACUGCGGGCUUUGAGGAUCGCGCCAUGGAGCACGAUCCCCGACUCCUUUACGUAGCCAGCUCCGGGGAGCACAUGCUCCGUUGGCCGAUAUUCAACAAGGUCAUCACUGAAGCCGAGAAGCAUAUCCGAUCGUUUCUACUGGACUCGCUUGACAACAAGGCCCAGGGCGUGCAGCCACCCCGGCAGGUGGGCAUCGGGCACUUUGUCGAUGAGAUCCCCAGGCUGUGUAAGAAGUACUUUACGUUAUGCCACCGGCGAAGUCCGAUAGUCGAUCUCGAAAAUCUAGACCGCUAUGCUAAAGAGGUGACGGUCCAAGGUCUUGGAUGGGAUGGUCCAUCGUGUCAAGUGCUUCUCGCAUGCGCCUUAGCCUCGUGUACAUCGUCUCAAUUCGUCCCACUGAGUGAACACCCGUCCAAUCUGGACACACUUCCAACGCCACCCGUGUCAGACGCAAAUAUGGACCUGGCCGAGACAUACUUCCACGCUGCUAAGCAGCGAUUCGGCUUUUUACACACGUCUCCCACUGACAUUCAAUGUUUCCUUCUUGCAGGAAGCUAUCACAGACAUGCACUGCGCCCUCUUGAGGCUUGGUUCUGUUUCCAGCAGGCUUCGUGCAGAUUAGAAGUUCGUCUAAGGUCUCUUUGUAGAGAACAGUGGACCGCGGAUGACAAUUACCACAACCUAGAAUCACGCCUGUAUUGGUCAUGCAUUCAAGCGGAACAUGAGAUGCAGGGUGAACUCCCCCUAUGGAGCAGCGGUCUGGAAGGCCUAGGCUAUUCCGAUCCAUUUCCCAAAUUCUCACCCAAGGCCACUCCCUCGUAUGAUAUAGGGAGAGGGUACAAUGUCAGCACCACGUUUGAACUAGAUGGCAGCGAAGAAGAAAAAGGAUGGAAGUUUUACAUUGGAUCCAUCUGUAAUCGUCGAACCACAAACGACCUACUGGCAGACAUGUGGCGUCACGGUGAGAAAGGAUGGACGCAAGAUAUCCCCGAUCUCCUACGACGAACAGGUGCAGCUGAGCACGUCGUGAGGUCCUGGUACCAAAUCUCCCUGGCAGGAAUUCAGUCUCAAAAAGAUAACCCAGAUCUGAAGUUCUUCUUUCGCGGCCGCUACCUCAUGGCCUCGGAGCGAAUCUACCGGCCGAACUUCUACCUCGCAAUGCACUACCAAAGCAUGCCAACCUUCAUACGAAACAAACAUGAAAUGUGGCAGGAAGUGUUCGAGUUCACACAAAAGACCAUCAACAACUGCGUUGAAGUGAUACCCAACUACUUGUACCAAUUCCGACACGAGUGGCUUUGGAACGUGAUCCGUGCUAGCUUCUGCUGCGCGUUGCAUAUCAUUGCGGCUGUUUUGUAUCAGCUUGAUGCUGUAAAGAAUUCGAGUCCAUGGCAGUUGCACAUUCCACCUAAUUGGGCUGCCUUGGUGAGGGUUUCGAUACGGACGAUGAAGCACUGGAGGGCUGAGUCGAUUGACAUUGAGGUUAUGCAGUCAAUACUUGAGAGGAUGUAUGCGGGAACCUGCCGAUUGGCCAAUAUCCGGCCUGAGCUUUAUCUGAUUUGA